CAUUUUCUUGUCCCAGUCCGUCCAGCCAGACUGCUCCAUUUUAGCCAUUCAGACGACCGUGCUGCAGCGGUCUCCUUCCUUUUUAGUUUAAGUCAUUAACUAUAUUCUUGCUUAAACUCCGAUUCAGAUUAUCCAUAGCCAACAUCUACGAAACCCAUCUGUGAUCGAUUAUUGUUAAGCAAAAGAAUAUUAAAAAGAUCUGAAGGGAGACGCUAGAGCUAGCUAGCUACUAAAGCUAAUCCUAGCUGACUACUGCGGCUUUUCUCAGCUGACGCGACGUUCACAGAGCUGGAAUCCGAGUUUGUGAAAAUGAGUGCUGCCUCCUCCCAAAAAGUGGUCCUGAAAAGCACCACGAAAGUGUCCCUGAAUGAGCGCUUCACUAACAUGCUGAAGAACAAGCAGCCCACAGCGGUAAGCAUUCGAGCCACCAUGCAGCAGCAGCAUUUGGCCAGUGCCCGUAACCGCCGGCUGGCCCAGCAGAUGGAGAACCGGCCAUCGGUGCAAGCUGCUCUCAACCACAAGCAGAGCCUGAAGCAGCGUUUGGGGAAGGGCAGUAUCCAGGCCAGGCUGGGCCGGCCUGUGGUGGCUCUGAUGCGUGGAGGAGGUCCUGGAGGUAGAGGAGUAAUGCGGGGGAUGAGCAGAGGAGGCUUCAGAGGAGGACCUAGAGGAGGAUUAAUGAGAGGAGCUUUGUCUUCUCUGCGGGGGAAGAGAAUGUCUCCAGGGGGUCCCAUGCGGGGCCGGGGCUCUGCCGGCCGUCUGGUGAUGCGUCGAGGAGGCCGCCACCGUGGAGGAGCUGUUGCAAGAGGAGGAGUUCUGUCCAGAGGAGGAGCCCGAGGCGGAGUAGCUCGAGGCCGCGGUGGUCUACGGGGAAGAGGUGGCUUUGCUGGACGAGGUGGGCGGGGUCGUGGGCGAGGCCGAGGAGUCGGCCGCCCAGCUGUCACCCGAGAACAGCUGGACAACCAGCUGGAUGCCUACAUGUCAAAGACCAAGGGACACCUGGACGCAGAGCUGGACGCAUAUAUGGCCCAGGCCGAUCCAGACAGCAUGGAGUGACGGGGCCCUGCAGGACGGACGGCCGUGAAGGACUGCUGACGUCUGUCGCAUUGAUGUGCUGAGUAACACGGGAGGCGUGUCACAUGACCACUGGUCAUUCCUGCAUCAGCCUGCUGCUGGAGGAACUUUUUGUCCUGUAGAAUGAAGAGACAUUUAGAAGCAUCAUGAAGCCCUGACGUCACCAAACUUCCAUGUUUGUCUUUUUUUAACAUGACCUGACUAACUUGUUUUAUUUUUAUUAUUUAAUGUUUUGGAGACAAAUCAUAAAAUGGCCAACUCGUCAUAACUGAUUCUCAAUUUCAUCCAAACAAGACUUUGUUUGUGUUCAAACUGUUGAAGUUCUGUUAUCUGUGUAUCUCAAACAUUGCAAAGAAAACCUUUUCAUUAUCGUUGGUAUUGUGUUUAAACAGAAUAUAAAGAGUUUUAAGCCAAGUAGCUUUUUUUUCUCCCUCAUUUUACCUGUAAAAGGUGUUCGACUCGAUACUGUAAAGUGUUUGUAUCCCGCAGAACAAGUUAAAUGGAAGUUUUAAUUGAAAUGAAAAUGAUCUUCUGGGCGUCUUGAUUUCAAACCUGCUUUAUUAAACUGUUAACUAAAAUAUACAUGAAAUGAAAAAUGUUCUCAUUCCUUAAGUUUCUGAAAUAACUACCAUCGAUCAUUAAUAACUGUUUCUGUCAUGAACUGAAUCUGAUUGGUUAUCAGCACUUAUGUCUUUACUGACUAUAAUCUGAACAUUUUCCAUAUCAUGUAAACUAAGUUUUAGUUUUCUGUUUGACUCCCAAACCGAUGACUGGGAUCAGUGGGAAUCGUUCGGAUCAGUGCCAUUCCCAUUACCUUCACCUUAUCCAGGCAGGUUAAUGUACUCCUCAUUCUUCACUCAAUUUUUUUUUUUUCUUUAUUCCGCUUCAUUUUUUUCUUAGUUCACUGAAUGGCUGUAUUCAUGUACUUGACAAAAAAUACAAUUUAAGGAUGAUCUCAUUCAUUGGUCAGAUAGAGACCAAGAAAAGUACUUUUGUAUUUGCCAAAAAGGAAAAGAUGGAUGGACGGGUGGAUAAAUAGAGAGAUGGAAGCUGUUUUGUAAAGUUAUACCCGAGACUAUUAUGUUUGUUUUCUAAAACAUUCAUAUUUUAUAAACUCUUGGAAUUUUCGGUAAGUGUUUUACUUAGAUUGGCUAACAAAUCCGUCAUUUUAAUGCUAAUAAUAAUAAUAAAUAACAAGGCUUUCAUCGGUAA